UGUUACUUUUCCACCAGAAAAAACGAAAAUUCAAAAAACAAAUGUGUCACAGGAAAAUUACAUUUCAAAAUCAUGUCAUGUGAUGCUAAUGUUGCUGCUAAUGAUGCUAAUGUUGCAGAGGAGAAGCUCUUAAAGCGGUAAUAAGUUUAUUAUUGCACCCUGAAAAUAUUAUUCAUGUUAUUGAAACAUUAGAAAUGCGUUUUGGUCGUCCAGAAUUUGUCAUUAGUUUUCCGAUAAACAAAAUUCAAAAUUUGCAAUUUUUAUCAUGUCACGUCAAUAACCUGGUGGUUACGUUGGAAAUAUUCGAGACAAGUAAGCAUUUGAAUAAUCCUUCUCUACUGGAGCAGUCAGUAGGAAAAUUACCUAUAGUCUGAAAUUACAAUGGGGACAGAAGAUGUGCUAAAAGUAUGUAAGGUGAAUUUGAAAGAUUUUGGAAUUUGGAGUAGUGAAUCAACUUCAGCUGCAUGUUACGUGACUUGUGGACAGUUCUCUGCUAAUUGGCGAGGAAAAAAUUGCACGAACUCGGUCAACCUGUGCGUGAGUGAAUCUGAAAAAAAACCGUGUCACAUUGAACUCGUUUCCUUGAAAUGAGAAACUGAUUCAACAUGGCGUCGAAAUUAGCGAGUCAGGACAUGGAGGAACACCACAAAUCGAUUCCGAAACCUCCCAAGAAGGCAACGAAAAAGAAGCCGGCCGCCAAACCACCGAAAUCCGAGCAAAACAACAACGAAAAACCGCAGAGAUCCGGAGCCGACAACAAAGACGACAUGCUGGCCACAUACCAGCCGUGGGUGAUCCAAACCUACGGCGACCUGGCGAAAACAAAGACGAUCACUUUGAAAAAAUACGCGAGAAUUUUGCGCACCCUUCGAGGGGAGGAGAUCGUCAGCGCAGAUAACAGCAAGUUUCGGUUUUGGGUGAAGGCGAAGGGGUUUUGUGUGGGGCAGCCCGCGGGGUACGACCCCAAACCGGCGGACGGGAUCGUCGGGCGGUACAGUGUUUGUGACUCCGACGAGGGAAUCCCUCCUUUGAAUGAUAAAUUAUUCGGCAGCGCCAAGGACCCGCCGCUCUAUGUGCCCAAUGCCCCAUUCAAGAAUUCAACUGGAGAACCUGUCUAUAGAAAAGUGGCUGUAGUAGAAAACUUCUUUGAUAUCAUCUAUAAUGUCCAUGUCGAUUUAGAAGGACGUCCUGGAAAACAUGCUGGUCAGAAAAGGACAUAUCGUACAAUAACGGAGACGUACGCGUUCCUGCCGCGAGAAGCCGUCACUCGUUUCCUGCUGGGCUGUACGGAAUGUCAGAAGCAUCCUCGGUCGCCGUCGCCCACGUCAGUGUUGCCGACCCCCAGUCCGAGUCCCACCCUGCCCCCGGCGGCGGUACAUCAAACAGGGACUGCAAAUUCCCAAGCCGCCCCUCAAGUGCCGGCGAUGCCUAUUGCGUGUCACGUCCAACAGGAGGGCAGCGGGUAUUACGGGGCGAAGAACGGAGCUGUAGACCGAGCUUGUCUGAGUCCCCCAACUGACCAACCCCCCUCGCAACAUGACAGACCUCAAACGCCGCCUAAAAGAGAAGGUCCUUUGAAAACCAGUACUCCUGACUCCACCAAAAGAUCAAGUAACCCCCUCGACGUCUGCAACUUGACCUCCCGCGACCCUCCGAAAAGUCCAUCCAAAAAACGCCCCUACGAGGCCGCUCCUAAACUCUGGUCCCCCGUGGAAACAAUCGAAAACGAUGAACCGCAGAGGAAGAGGGUCCUUCUCGGAGGUGACAUCGAUUACUCUCUGCCGAUCACCACCACGUACCUGAAGUAUAUGAGGAGUUUGGGAUGUCGAGACGAGGACGCGUUCAAAUUUGAGAACAAGCACGUGAGUUUUGUCAUUGAACGUUUUAUGCAUGAGGCGAUUUCGCAUUAUUUUCAUUGAUGUUUUCGUUCAAUAUUGAUGAAACUGCGACUACUUUGGAGGUUUCAUUCAAACUGUCGAAUUUCUCUGCACUUAGUUCAGAGUUAGAGCUUUCUCAAUUAAAAAAAACCUAAAUAAAUGUGAUGAAAUAUCCCAACAGAGUGCUUCAACAGAAAAAGCGUUCUUUUCAAAUAUCUUGAAGAGUAUUUUUGAAAUUUGAAAUAGACAAAAAGUAAUCAGCAUUUCGUGAAAGAUCACAUAUGAUAUUGAUUCAUAAAAGUUACAUUCAAGUUACAUAAAAGUUACAUUCAAGUUACAAAAUAAUUGAAAUCGUGGGAAGAUGUUUUAACGUGCGCUAGUGGCUUUUUUUCCGAAAGUUGUAUCCCGAGUGCACCGAGUUGAAUCAGUUGAAAUGUGUCCCAAUGCAUAAUUUUCGAAAUAUUGCUAAGCAAAUGACUUGAGUUUAUAAUAAUUACAAUUUAAAUCAAUUAAGUUCAAGAUAAACUCUUUGAAAAGAUGUGAAGAUUAUGCAUAGACGUUACUUUCAGAGACACACUGGAAGGAAAUAUCCUCCCGAACCAACUACUUCUCUAUGAAUAUUGAAUAACAAGACAGAAAAAAUACCUUCGAAACUAGUACUUUAAUGUGAACAUGUAAUUAUACAAAAACACUUUUUGUUAUUCACUUUGUACUCCAAAAAUUCAUUGUGGA